AUGGACUCGGACAAAGAUCUCAUCAAGCGGGCCGUGGGCAACAGGGCGGAGAUUUCCAUGUCCACGACCGCCCAGAAGCGUACCAUCGACUGGGUGGAUCCUCAUUCUGCCGCCAGCACCCCGCGCAAGUUGCAGUCUCCCAGAGGCGGCCGAAGCGACCUGGAAAAGGACACGGGCAUUGUUCAACAGGAGGAGGCGAAGCGGGUGGAAACCGAGCAGGCCAGAGACCAGAACGCGAACAAACUUGCAUUGGAUGACGGCUCUCGGGUGCCAGAUCAGGGCGACACACCGACAACAACAACAACAACAACAACAACAACAACAAGACAAGACAAGAAGAGUGUUGAGGAAGGUACAAAGAAGGACACGGCCAAGGAUACACCAAAGGAUGUGGAACAGAAGGCGAAUUCUGACGACAAGGCUGACAAAAACGACUCGAUCAAUGAGGUGAAUGCUGACGACAAGAUUGAGAACAAGACGAGCCACAAAACACAUAACACAGACAACACAGACAAGCCAGACGUCAAGACGGACGACACCAAGUCAGAUAGAUCAGACUCAAAACCAACUAACGGCCAUUCGAAACAUGGCUCAACGUUGUCGUCGUCCCGCACACACUCGAGGUCCAACUCGAUAACAUCGCGACCGUCAUCAGCUAAAGCUGAGUCUCGAGGCUCUUCAACGCCAGCUCGGUCUCUAUCUGAGACACCGUCGUCACAACCGCCCCCCACUUACAACACGUGGAAGUACUCUGCCAAGACCAUCACCAAGGCGUCUCCUUCGGCCAAGGACGGCAUGCCGUUCAGAGAAGAGCUCAUGAUGCGUACCAAGGGAAUCAACUUCCUGGGAAACGUGGCCAAGCUGCUCCAGCUGCCUCACAUGGCCGUGUACACCGCAUGCACCUUUUUCCACCGGUUCUACAUGCGCCACAGCAUCAAGUCCAAGCAUCCGUUUGAGGCGGCGGCUGUCUGCAUCUUUCUGGCCACCAAAGUGGAGGAGGCCAACCGCCACUUGCGAGACGUGUGCAUCUGUCUGGUGAAGGUGGCACAAAAGGACCAUCGAGCCGUGGUCGACGAACAGAGCAAGGACUUUUGGAGGUGGCGGGACUGCAUUUUGUACGGCGAGGGCUAUUUUCUGGAGAUUCUGUGUUUCGACCUGACUCUGGACUCGCCCUUUGAACAUCUCAGCUACUACGUCAAAAAGCUCGACAUUCAUCACGUCAAGGAGGUGUGCAAGACAGCUUGGGAGUUUGUGACCGAUUCGUGUAAGACCCCCCUCUGUCUCAUGUUCUCCACAAACACCAUAGCCCUGGCGGCCAUCUACUGGGCCGCCAAACACCACAAGAUCCCCAUCGACUACCACAAGGAAACCAAGGCUAGGGGCAAACAGCAUUGGGUCGAGUGUUUCGACAUGACCCGCAACGAGGUGGUCUAUGUGGUGGAAACCUUUUGUGACUGGUACAGCAUCUUGCAGAGGGACUUUGGUCUGGCUGCUAGUUAUCCCAAGUUGAAGUAG